AUGGGAACUCAAACCCCUGCUGUUAAGUUUGCCAUAUUUGUUGCAGUUUUAGCUUUCACAGCCUCAUUUUCCUUGGUUGGAUCAGCCAGUUUGAGCAUUGAAACAGACAAACAGGCAUUGAUUUCAAUAAAGUCUGGAUUUACUAAUCUGCAGCCGUCAAAUCCUGUCUCUUCUUGGGAUAAUUCAAACUCUUCCCCCUGCAACUGGACUCGUGUCAGCUGCAACAAAGAUGGCAACAGAGUUGUUGCCCUUGAUCUUUCAGGCUUGCAACUUUCAGGCUCCUUAGACCCUCAUAUUGGCAACCUCACUUUCCUCCAUUCCCUUGAGCUUCAAAACAACCUCUUAACAGGACCUAUUCCACAUCAAAUUUCUAACCUUUUUCGCAUCAAUCUCCUCAACAUGAGCUUCAACGCCCUUCAAGGUGGAUUCCCCUCCAACAUCAGUGCCAUGGCUGCACUCGAGACCCUCGACUUAACCUCCAAUAACAUAGUAUCCACUCUUCCUCCUGAGCUCAGUCUCUUAACCAACCUCAAAGUCUUGAAUCUGGCACGAAAUCAUCUUUUUGGCGAAAUCCCACCUUCAUUUGGCAAUCUUUCUUCUCUUGUCACCAUAAAUUUUGGUACGAAUUCUCUUACUGGUCCAAUUCCAACCGAGCUGAGUCGUCUUCAAAAUCUCAAGGAUCUCAUCAUCACCAUUAAUAAUCUCACCGGCACUGUUCCCCCUCCCAUAUUCAACAUGUCUUCUUUAGUCACUCUGGCCUUGGCUUCCAACAGACUAUGGGGAACAUUUCCGAGGGAUGUCGGCCAUACGCUCCCCAAUCUUUUAGUUUUCAAUUUCUGUUUCAAUGAAUUUACAGGAACAAUUCCUCCUUCCUUGCAUAAUAUCACUAAUAUUCAAGUCAUCCGUUUUGCCUACAAUUUUCUUGAAGGGACAGUCCCACCAGGUUUGGAGAAUCUUCACAACCUUACUAUGUAUAAUAUUGGGUACAAUAACCUCACCUCCGGCAAUGAUGGGAUUAAUUUCAUCACUUCCUUGACAAAAAGUCCCCACCUUUCGUUUCUUGCCAUUGAUGGCAACAAUUUUGAAGGUCAAAUUCCAGACUCCAUUGGGAAUCUUUCUAAAUCACUUUCCAUAUUGUUCAUGGGAGACAAUCGUCUCUCUGGGAGUAUACCUCCCACGAUUGGGAAUUUAAAUGGUUUGGCUUUGCUGAAUUUCAGCUACAAUUCAUUAUCAGGCGAAAUCCCAUAUGAGAUUGGCCAAUUGGAGAACCUCCAAAGCCUUGUUUUGGCCAAAAAUCGGUUCUCAGGUUGGAUUCCAAGCUCCUUGGGAAAUCUUCAAAAGUUGAACAAUCUUGAUUUAUCUGGAAAUGAGUUAAUUGGUGGCAUUCCCACCUCUUUCAGAAACUUCCAGAAGCUUCUCGCGAUGGAUUUAUCCAACAAUAAGCUAAAUGGAAGCAUACCCAAAGAAGCCCUCAAUCUCCCUGCUACUACUAAAUUGAACAUGUCCAACAAUCUCCUUAGUGGUCCUCUGCCGGAGGAAAUUGGGUCCCUUUCAAAACUCUUUCAGAUUGAUCUCUCCAACAAUCUCAUAUCUGGAGAGAUUCCGUCGUCGAUCAAAGGUUGGGGGAGCAUAGAGGAAUUGUUUAUGGCGAGAAAUAAGUUAUCAGGCCACAUCCCCAGUAGUCUUGGAGAUCUUAGAGCCAUCAAAGUUAUUGACCUCUCUUCAAAUAAUCUCUCUGGUCCCAUCCCUGAUAAUCUUCAAUAUCUAUUAGCUCUUCAGUACCUGAAUCUCUCUUUUAAUGACCUUGAGGGAGAAGUUCCUCAAGGGGGAAUCUUUAAGAACAGGGCCAAUGUCAGUUUACAAGGAAACUCAAAACUUUGCUUGUAUUCCUCAUGUCCAGGGAGCGAUUCUAAACAUGACAGAGUAGUCAAAGUUAUAAUCUUCACAGUUGCAUUUUCAACAUUGGCACUGAGCUUUAUCAUUGGUACGCUGAUCCAUUUCAUGAGGAAGAAGUCAAAGACUGCACCAUCCACGGAGUUUGUCAAGGGUCAACAUGAAAUGGUGUCUUACGAUGAGCUGCGUUUGGCAACAGAGAAUUUCAGCGAGCAACACUUGAUUGGAAAAGGGAGCUUUGGGUCUGUGUAUAAGGGCAUUUUAAAGCAAGAUGUCCCCGUGGCUAUUAAGGUUCUUGACAUUAACAGGACUGGCUCUAUAAGGAGCUUUAAGGCUGAGUGUGAAGCUUUGCGGAAUGUGAGACAUCGAAAUCUCGUUAAACUCAUCACCACCUGCUCUAGCGUAGACUUCUCAAACAUGGAAUUUCGAGCUUUGAUUUAUGAACUUUUGAGCAAUGGAAGCCUGGAUGAGUGGGUUCAUGGCCAAAGGAGCCAUGAACGUGGAAUUGGGCUCAAUGUCCUUGAGCGAGUAAACAUUGCCAUCGAUGUUGGUUCAGCAAUAAACUACUUGCACCACGAUUGUGAACUUCCUAUAGUUCACUGUGAUUUAAAGCCUAGCAACAUCCUUCUAGAUGCAGACAUGACAGCAAAGGUAGGAGAUUUUGGAUUGGCUCGGUUGCUGAUGGAAAGUGCAAACACUAAAUCUUCCAUCACUUCCACACACGUCCUAAAAGGUUCAAUUGGUUAUCUUCCUCCAGAGUACGGGUAUGGAGUGAAGCCAACAACAGCCGGAGAUGUGUACAGUUUUGGAGUAACACUGCUGGAGCUGUUUACAGGAAAGAGGCCAACAGAUGAAUAUUUCACAGGAGAAUUGAAUUUGAUAAAAUGGGUGGAUUCAUGUUUCCCCGAACACAUAAUGGAAGUGAUUGAUGAUGAGCUGACAGAAGUGAGUGUGGAUUUGGAGUACGAAGGUAGAACCAUCAGUUCAGAAAUGCAAAAAGAUUGUUUGAUCAAAGUAAUUGGAGUAGCACUGUCGUGCACAGUGAAUACUCCAGUGAACCGCAUUGACAUCCACGAUGCUGUGUCAAAGCUUAAAAGUGCCAAACACAGCCUUACUCGUCCUCCAAAAUGA